AUGUUUCGCCGUGGUGCAUCAACUUGGAAAAAGUAUGCCGAGCAAUUCCGUCACAAACCUGCAUCAUACUUGACUUCAUUUGCUCUCUUGCAUGAAAUCACUGCAAUCGUACCUUUACCUAUUGUUUAUUACACUCUCGACAAUUCCGACAUUCGGAUCCCUGUUCCUGAAAAAGCAGUGGCGGAAGGCAAUCGGAUCAUGAGCAAAGUCAGAACACGCUAUGGGUACGAGCCGCUUGAUCCCGACAGUCGAGUCAUGGUAAACCUCGCAACGUCAUACGCUGUUGUCAAAGCCAUGUUGCCUCUUCGGAUCGCUGCAUCCGUGGCAUUAACACCAUUUAUGGCAGAACGACUGGUUGGACCUAUCGGCGCCUUUGUGACAAGAUUUUUUCGCAAGAAAUAA